UCAUUUGAAGGGGAGUUUGGGACGGGUCUGUCUGUUGGACGACAGAACGGACACAGGCUGUAAGAAACGGCCAACGUUAAUUGAAUCUCCUCUCUUUUUAACUUGAUUUCAUUAAAAUCAACCAUGAAGCUUGAAAUGGACACAUAGUCAGUUUUGGGACAGAGUAGAAGUUCAAACUUUUCUGUGAUUUAACGAUGGAAACUAAAAGGAAGCGGACAGCAGCGACAACUAAAAAGUCAGUAACCCGGCAGAUAGUAACGGAAGAAUGGACGAUGUGAAAACUGUCCCGAGCCGGGACUGAACCUCCUGCCCGGGUCUCCUCAGGCUACAUGUCACCCUCCUCUCCGUGCCAGAUGCCUCUGCGGGGCGACGGAGGCUACAAGUCGGCACCGGUGUCCCCUGCCCCUCCUGUCCCACCGAGGAGGGUCAGGGGCUCCGGGAGGACGCGGCGGUCCGGAGCCGGGGCGGCGGAGAGGCGCGUGAAGUGCGUGCUGGUGGGAGACGGAGCUGUGGGGAAAACCAGCCUGGUGGUGAGCUACACCACCAACGGGUAUCCCACUGAGUACAUCCCAACGGCGUUUGACAACUUCUCAGCGGUGGUAUCAGUGGACGGUCAGCCAGUCAAACUACAACUCUGUGACACAGCCGGACAGGAUGAGUUUGACAAGCUGCGGCCUCUGUGCUACACCAGUGCAGAUGUGUUCCUGCUGUGCUUCAGCGUGGUCAGUCCCGCCUCCUUCCAGAAUGUUCCUGAGAAGUGGAUUCCAGAGAUCCGGAGACACGCACCCUUCGCUCCGCUCGUCCUCGUUGGGACGCAGUGUGACCUCCGAGAAGAUGUCAAGAUCCUCAUUGACCUGGCUAAGUACCGGGAGCGACCUGUGGACCCAGCAGAUGCCCGAGACUGUGCAAUGGAGAUUGGAGCUGUGUCCUACAUGGAGUGCUCUUCCCUGACCCAAAAGAAUUUGAAAGAAGUGUUUGACACGGCCAUACUGGCCAGCCUGCAGAACUACAGCUCCCAUAAGCACCCAAGAGGGAAACAGAAACAUAGAAAAAAGCAAAGGCAGACACCAGACAAGAUGAAGAGUCUGUCCAAGUCAUGGUGGAAAAGGUACUGCUGUGUGGCCUAGAGCAGUUUGGGUGUAAGACUCUGAUCCUCUGUUGACUUCAGCUGGGUUUGGGUUCUGCCUGGACUAGCUUUCAGUUUGGGUUUCUCUCUGAUGGAGCCUGAUGUUGAGCAGGACCUUGACUGGACCGUUGCUGUGAACCAAAGUAAGACUGUCACGGAUCUACUUUUUUUGACUUUUUGUGUUUUAGUCUUAUCAUGGAAGAGAUUUACAACUAAUCCCAGCCUGGUUCUAACAAAACCUGCUCUGAAAAAAUAGCAGUCCUGACAGACCUUUUUUCUAACCUGGUUUCUAUCUUAGUCUGUGUCCAGUAUGAUCCAUCUGAAGGAGCAGGUGCUCCUGCCUCUCCUGGAAUUAAACUGGUAUGUACUGGGACUAGCAGGAGACCCUCUCCAUGUCAUGUUGGAAGUGACAAUGUUGCUUAUGAUGAGACCGGUCUAGACUUGAACAAGAAAAAGUGUUGUCCAUGGUUAACACAUAUAAUGGAAUAGUGUUUAGUCUGGUGUUCUCGUAAUAACCUUCCCGACCUGAUAUGGAUUUAUGUAUGCUUGUCAUGUAGCCUGAAACGGAGCUUGACUCACUGAAACUGCAUCCAAACUUCCUCAUGAUUAGAAAGAACUGCUGACUGAAAUUUGUCCUUAUUUACAUUAUUUACAUGAAAAGAAGAAGUAGUUUUGUAUUUUCGGACAUGAUCAACAGCCAUGAUUGAAGUCAGAAAUCCGUCAACAAAUCCAGCCCGUGGUUUAUUUUCAGAACUUCUUGUUAGAACUGGGAUCAUUGUUGCUCUAAUGAAAGACUUUACAGCUAAUCAUUGGUCACAUGCUCAGUUUACCACGGUGCAGCUGAUAAACCUAAUCUGAAGCCUGGGUCAUGGUUUACCUGUUAUUUUAGUCUCAAUCUGAACUUGUCAUGGAAUUAUGUCUGGCUUGAUUUUUCGUGCGUUUUUUUCACGUCCUGCCACUGUUGAAUACCAAACACCACCAAACGUAUUCACUGUCUGCUGACACAGCCAGACAGUGAAUACGUUUGGUGAGGCUGAGGUGUGCGGCUCAUAUUGUACCUUAUAUCUUGAAAAUAACUAAUGCUGAUGUCUUUUUCCCUGUGAGGGUAAAACGUGGUCAUUCAUCAUCCUCACCUAUCCUACAUUAGUGCUGAAGGACUCUACAGUCUGCGCCUUAUUAAUGUGGUUUGGUUAAACAAUAUAAGUGUUCUGUGGUGGUGGUGGACUGUAGACUGCCAACCAGUAACCAGUAAGUUGCCAGGCAGGCGAAUAGACACUUAAACAGCCUGACUGUAGGUGUGAAUUAGAUCAACCAAGUGCUCUUUGCAUGGGUUUAAGUUAUAAAAUGAAGUCUGCUGUUUGUAGCCAGAAAAUAACUCAGAAAAAAUAUAUGGGUUUUUAUUUCUCAGCUUAUCAAUGUAAUCGUGUAUCUAAGACUGUGAAGUUAGAACUAUGUACAUAUUCAGUGAACUCUGUUCUUAGUAAUUAUGAACGAUAGUUAGAUUCAUCAUGUCUGUUGCUCUGCGUUAUUAUUACAGUUGUAACCAUUGAUCAAUUCUAUCAUUCUGCAUCCAUAAUGCUUUAAUACUAGACACCCUUAGUCCGUCCUAUAUCUUGUAUGCUCUGUUAGUUCUGCAGCCUCUUCUCUCUCCAAUAUAUAAAGUUUCAUAUGUUGUAAAGCAGAAAUAAAAACUAAAACUAAAACACAAAAUGUGUGGAUGUCCAACAGUCAGCUGCCACACCUUCCUUUGUACAUUGUAGAUACUAAAACGACAACAAAACCCAAUAAUCUAAAACUAUUUCUCUACAGUGGCUUCAUCUGAAUGGCUCUUUGUUUUAGAGCCACUGCAGCAGAAAGGAAAAGGGUGCAACCAGGUUGCAGUCUGUAAUGGAUUCAAGGCAGAUCUGCCAUUAUUUAGUGUGCAUCAUAAGCUUUCAUAUGGAUCAAGCACAGAAAAUAAUUUUCACUCUAACAUUUCUUAACCCUGGGACGAUCUAAACUCGGACCGAAACCCCUGUCUAGAUAGAAAUCUAGGGACAAGCUAAACCUUUCACAACAACAUUUAUUUUGACAAAAUCCUGUAAACUUUGCAAUAUAAGACAAGUGUCUCCAAUCUGUUUUCCAUUUUGUUCACUUUCACAUUUUUCUAGAGUGUGGUUCAAAGUCACUUCUCUACUGGUGCUAAAUGGAGUGAUCAGUGAUGUGCCUUGAAAUUCAACAAACAAUAAGUCCUUUUAAAUUUAACUGCGCUCAGAAGAAAAUAUGUUCUGUUAAAAUUGAACAAAUGUUCACAGUUUGGCAUUCAUGCAGUGUUUUCCGUCUAGUUAUUGCAAAGUGAGAUGAGACCGCCAGAACAUGACCAUAGGAGAGGAUUUGUACAAUCGACUUGUGUGGAAUAUUUUCUCCCAUUUGUUUACUGCUCUCUUUUAAAGAUUUUUAUUAUGCACUACUAAGUGUCCCAAGACACUAAACACAACUGCAGCUUGAUAUCGGCACCAAAGUUUGGUUCCUACCGCACCUUUCUGCAAAAAUGUCCUAUAACCCAAACGGACCUGAUGAUUUAGCCACAAGUUAAAUACUAAUACAUACAGUACUGUUCUCUAGAAGAGAACUAACAACUUAAUCUAAAAUGUAUCUCAACUCGAAAUGUUCAUUUUAGGCCUGAGUGUAAAACUAAGACUCCAGAUUUGCAGACAAUGCUUUUCUGGAGCUGUUUGGUAGUUUUCUGCUGAAGACGUUACAACUGCGACUGAAUGGGUUCACUGUGUCUCGAUGUUUUACUCAUGAUAGCAAAUGCAUUGUUUCUUGCUUUCGGAAAAAAAAAGGCAUAAUAAGUUGCUUGUCUUGCUGUUUAUGUGCAGUCUUGGCUGAUGUUGGAUUUAAGUAGGGUAAAGGUCACACAGACCCUUAUGACAGCUGGCAUUUCCUCUGUCAGGUCUGAUCCGUUUUACCUACUUACAUGUAUAAUUUAUAGAGAGCACAUGAGUUUCUCAUCACAGUGAGUUUGUUUGCGUACUGCAUGUGGUUUGGGCCUGGUUUUAUUUAGAGACAAAUAUAAACCUGUUGUGUUGUGUUAGUUUAUUCCUGUUUAAAUACUUUAAAACAACGGAAAGACCGGAGUCAAAUUCCUUGCAUGCGUAUGCAGAGUCAUACGUUUCUAACUGAAGUUAGCCAAAGCUACAGGUCAUACCAGACCAAGUAAGGCUGAAGCAUUUGAAAAAUUGUGCUUUUCUAUUCUAAUGAAUUAAUCUUUUCAUUUGUAAGACUAAAAUUGUGUUAUUUCUUCUUUCAAGAAUGACAUAGUUUCGCUUUAAAGUUUUUUUUAACUGCUUGUCAAGACCUAGACCAGGCUGGUUGAUCCACAGCAGUGUAUGUGUCCAGUAUGACAGAUGAACGGCUUUGCUAUGUUGAACAGAUGGGUGUCUGAAAGUGAACUACUGUGUUUAAAGAGAGUCAGAGAAGAGACAUGAGGGUGACCGUCCACUAGGUAGGCAGAGUAUUGUGCUGCAAAGUCUGUGUUUUGUUGAAGGUUAGACAGAAGUGCUAAUGCUCUGUUUUUGGGACAGGUGCAAAGUCUGUAUGUGGAUUAGAAAAUAUGAGUAUGACUGUAAUGGCUGACUUCAGCUAUUGUGAUUCAUUUGGUGUUGGAAUUUACAAACCAAAUACAAAAUGAAACAAUGUCUGUAUGUGAAUGACCUCGGAUUACUGGAGGCAAAUCCAUUUUUUAUAGACUGUACUUGACACUUAAUUCCCACACAUUGAAUACACAACAGUAUCCCGUAUAAAGUCCAGUGAGUUUAAACCAAAGCAGACAGCCUGGGGAAGCAGACAGAAUGGUUCAUUCUUGAGAUUUCAUUGUUUUAUUGAAGUUGAUACCCCCUAAAGCACAUCUGAGCUUACUCACAUGGGCUUCUCACCCCACUCAGCCUGUGUGAAACAUCAUUUCUUCUGCAUGUAAAAACAUUUGAACAGAGAGCACGCUGCUGCAAUCUGGUCACACUGAAUUAUCUGUUUAACCGAGGACGUCAGUCAAAGAAAGACGUGUUUGUACAGACGUUUUAUACCCUGAGAAAUAAAGAAUAUUUGGUAUAACA